AUGUUUCGCCAGAUUCUCAUCGAUCCUGCCCAUCAAAAAUAUCAAUGUAUUUUGUGGCGAGAAGCUCCUAAGUGUCCGAUCCAUGUGUUUGAAUUAAAUACUGUUACCUACGGAAUGGUGUCUUCGCCAUAUCUUGCCAUUCGCGUAAUGAGACAGUUGGCACAUGACGAAAAGGACAAUUUUCCUUUAGCUGUUUCCGUGCUUUUGGAGCAAACCUACGUUGAUGACGUUUUUCUUGGAGGAUCGGAUAAAACCUCCACACUCAAGGUGAGAGAUCAAGUCAUUAAUAUGACAAAUGCUGGGGGAUUCCCAUUACGGAAAUGGUUUAGUAAUUCUCCUGAUUUACUAGACGGAUUGGAUUCUGCUGAUCAUGGUUUAGCAGUUGAGAUCCCUUUUGACGAUUCUUCAGGUUUCAAAGUCCUCGGAAUUUUUUGGAAACCGUCAGAUGAUGCCUUUCACUUCAAAACUUUUGAAAUUCCUGAAGAACCUGCAACAAAAAGAUCAAUACUCUCGGCUACCGCGAAAAUAUUCGACCCAAUGGGUUGGAUUUCGCCUGUGACAAUUAUUGCAAAAAUUCUUUUGCAAAAACUCUGGCUUCGAAAGCUAGACUGGGACGAUUCUCUUUCCUCGGACUUGCUUAAAGAUUGGAAUCAAUUUCGAUCUUCAUUGUCGGCCUUGUCAAAUCUUUCAGUUCCAAGAUGGACGCAUAAUUCUUCUGAUGCAGUCUCGAUACAAAUCCAUGGCUGCGUCGAGUGUCGCAUAUUCUGCAGUCACUCUACAAUUGUUCUCAGUUGGCUUCAGAAGCAACCAACUUCCUGGACUACUUUCGUUGCAAAUCGUGUGUCAGGUAUUUUAACGGAGUUGCCUGCAGCUACGUGGAAUCAUGUUCCUUCUAAGCAAAAUCCCGCGGAUUGUGCCUCACGUGGACUCUCAGCGGAGGACUUGUCAACCUUUUCCCUUUGGUCGGAGGGUCCCACUUGGCUGCUAGAUUCACCGGAGACAUGGCCUCGACGAAAUUGUGGUCUGGAAACUACCGAAGAGUCUCGUAUAGUUUCUCAUCUGAUCUACAAUAACCUCGAACCUGAUUGGCAAUCACAACUGAUGUCUCACUAUUCAUCUUGUGCACAUUUAUUGCUGACGGCUACCGAAAUCAACAAUGCCGCUUUAUUUUGGGUUGAAUACGUUCAAGAAAAUUCUUUUGCUCACGAAAUUCAGUGUCUCAAGGAAGGAAAACCAAUUCCCCCAAGUUCUCGCAUACAAAAGUUCUCACCCUUUCUCGAUGACAAUGAUAUUCUACCUAAUCAUCCGAUUUCCUUUUUAAUUUUGACACAAUUGCACAAAAAUUUAUUACACGGGGGAGUUCAGUUGACUCUUUAUAUUGCUCGCACUCAAUAUUGGAUUAUUGGUGCGCGAAAUCUCAUUAAAGGAAUUAUCAGGAAAUGUGUCACUUGCGUGAGAGACAAAGCGCGUGUUGAAAACCAACUUAUGGGAGAUUUACCUAGUGCUAGAGUAUCUCCUUCUCGUCCUUUCUCUCAUACCGAAAUUGAUUACGCGGGUCCAUUUUUGGUCCGCUCUAGUUCGGGUCGCGGAACCAAGUCACAUAAGGCUUGGAUCGCUGUUUUUGUUUGUUUUUCUGUUAAAGCCAUACAUUUGGAGCUUGUUGACGAUUAUACGUCAGCUGCUUUUCUCGCAGCUUUGAGACGCUUUACCUUACGUCGAGGUUUGCCAACAGAUCUUUAUAGUGACAAUGGCACGAAUUUUCGCGGUGCUGAUCGCGAAUUGUCACAUACAUUUAAGCUCAUUAUGAAAGAUCCGACGAUUGCUUCUUACAUGGCCUCAGACGGAAUCACGUGGCACUUCAUGCCUCCGUCUGCGCCGCAUUUUGGAGGUCUGUGGGAAGCUGGCGUAAAAAAUGUAAAAUUUCAUUUGCGUACAUUAUUAUCAAACGCUACACCGACUUCCGAAGAAUUAACGACUUUACUUUGUCAAAUCGAAUGCUGCUUAAAUUCUCGACCUAUUGUUCAACUAAACGAAGAUCCAGAGAGUUGCGAAGCAUUAACUCCUGGACAUUUUUUAAUCGGAUCUGCGUUAAAAACUGUACCUGCGAUAUCUGUUCUGGAUCUACCUGAGAACCACUUGUCGCGUUGGCAGUUUUAUAAACGUGUCUUAGAACAGUUUUGGCGCUCAUGGUCCAAAGAUUAUUUACAGUCACUGCAACAGCGAACAAAGUGGUUGUCAGAGCGAGUUAAUUUGAAAAUUAACGAUGUUGUUUUACUACGAAAUCCUAAUCUCCCACCCGCUAAAUGGGAAUUAGGACGUGUCAUUAAAUGUAUUCCCGGUCAAGACGGUCACGUUAGAGUCGUUCAAGUAAAGACGAGUGCGUCUGAAUUUACUCGUCCAAUCACACAAUUAAUUCGAUUACCGUGCAACUAUUCAUAA